AUGGUGUUGGUUGUUGAGCAAGAGGAGUCCUCGAUCAAACUCCUAAAGGCUGCUUCCAAGCUUUCCAAAGAUAAAUUUGUGACCUCACGAGCUAGAGGAUAUGCCUCUGUUAAGAAAGAAUUUGACAUUUCCUUCUGUUGUGAUCAAGUCUCUUCGAAAGGGGUCUCGUCUGCUAAGAGGACUCUAGUGCAUGCUGCUCCUUCGUCGUGUGCCAGGGUCAAGCACCUCAUGGGUGCUGAUAGCUAG